GCCCGCACAGGCGGGCGAGGUGCUGAACCGCACCGGAGCCGCGACGGGCACCUGCCUGCACCCAGCCCCGCGGACUUCCAGAGCACCUCAGGAGAUAUUCCAAGUGGAUAGCUGAACAAUGGCUGAACUCACAGUGGAGAAUGGCAGCUGCAUGGACUGGCAAAAGCGAUGCCUUGCGUUGGAGUCCCAGCUCUUCAAAUUCCGCUUGCAGGCAAGCAAGAUCCGAGAACUGUUAGCUGAGAAGAUGCAAGAAUUGGAACAGAGAGUAAUGGAAGCGGAGCAAAGAGCUGAGGAUGCAGAGAAACAGGUCAGAAUUUUGGAAGAGGAGAUAAAACUAGCCAACAUGAAGACUGGUGAAUCAGACAGCACUCUGUACAGGAAAUACCAGGAGCUGAUGGGUACAGUGCAAGGAAAAGAAGACCUGAUUAACAGACUGGAGUCUCAGCUAGCCAAACAGAAACAGCUGAGGACUGAGGAAGCCAAAAUUGUUCAAGAGAAAGCUGCCAAGAUCAAAGAGUGGGUAACAUUUAAGCUGAGAGAGCUUGAGCUAGAAAACUACCACCUGAAAAACUGCAAUCAGAGGCUGACGGAGCAAAUUGAAGCCCUUCAGGAUAUGUUGCAAGGUAUGACCAGCAUUUCUCCCUUUAAAUCUCUUUGGAGCUGUAAUUCUCUGAAGUCCAGAGUACCACAGGCUUCUUUACCUGAGAAGAUAGACCAGAAAUCUAUGCUUCUUGCACCUGGUUUCAGGCAGGUAUGUCAAACAAGACCUACCAAACGUGUCUUCUCUACAACAAGCAUCGUCCUUGCCAGUGACACCUUCACUGAAGAUGGAGAGGAUAAAUCUCUGCUUUCUCAGAAUACACUGAAGCUCAUGUCUGACCCAUCAAGCUGGAAUCUCUCUGCAGAGAAAGACAUAUUUUCAACCAUAAACUCUGAACACAGGUUAGGGUGCUCUGAUCCUGUGUCUCUGGACCCUCCAGCUGAGCCCACAAAAAUCCUUGAGGCUUUGACUUUCCGGUCUUCAUUAGAGGGAAAUCAUCACAUUGUGAGCACCUUGCAACAAGCGUCUUUGGAUGGAGUCGGCUCCUCUGAUGAUCUGAGUGCCAGGUUCCGUUCCCACCAUCUGGAUUACACUUCCUCAGGAGAAAUAAUGAGCAUGCUUGAGGGCACCCUACAUACUGCUGGGCCACCCCUGGCUGUGUCGACUUCAGCUGUUACAGCAGGUUCCACCUGUCCAGGGAGGGAACGUGGCCUUGGAAGCAGUAUGACCUUUCCAAAAACACGGACUCCCAAUGCACCAAGAGACAGUAUCCAACUAGCCAAGCGACAUUACAGCCAACCACAGUCAGGUGCUGCUGGUUCUUCCCAUCGUGUAAUGAGCUUAGAGGCUAGCACCUUCCAGCCCAUAACAGAUUCCCCAGUCUGCCAUGGGCCAGUGGAGGAAACAGACAUUGAUGAUUAUAGGGUGCUGGAGAAAAUGGAGACAGAAGGUGGCCUGGUGAGGGAAGAAGCUGGAACGUAUGAGAUCAAGCACUUAACUGCAAAGAGAGAAGCUGUGAGUUCUGCGGCUGGCAUACUUGAUCCAGGAGGUAAACCUCCCACACCACCGCUGCACAGAUUCCCAUCAUGGGAAAGUCGAAUCUAUGAUAUGGCCAAGUCUGGCAUGAGGCUGUCUGAAGCAGCCGCUGUGAACGACACUUCCAGCUGCUUUUCAAAUUUCUCCUGUUCAGCUUCUGGGCCAUUUACCGGUCUCAUCCACAGAAACAUGGCAGUGCCAGUCUACACUACGCUGAAGGGGAAAGCCACACAGAUCAGCAACGUGCCUUUCUUAGAUGAGUCUUCGGGCUCUGAUGAUGACUGUGGCUCCCAUGCCAGCUUAAGGAAUUCUGCUGCUGGAUCUGAAAACAGGAAAGCUAGCAUGCCAGGCAGCCCUCGUGCAGUGAAAAGAGGUGUUUCAAUGUCCUCACUGAGCUCUGAGAGUGACUAUGCCAUCCCUCCUGAUGCCUACUCCUUGGAUGGGGACUAUUCAGAGCCAGAACAUAAGCUACAGCGGACAUCUUCCUAUUCCACUGACGGUGGAAUCUGCUCUGAAUCCAUGGAGAAAUCAGGUUACUUGUUGAAAAUGGGCAGUCAGGUGAAGAUGUGGAAGAGACGAUGGUUUGUUCUAAGGAAUGGACAGAUCAUGUACUACAAGUCUCCGAGCGAUGUUAUCCGCAAACCACAAGGGCAGAUGGAGCUGAAUUCCUCAUGCCAAAUUGUCAGAGGUGAAGGGUCCCAAACAUUCCAGCUCAUGACAGAGAAGAGAACCUACUUCCUGACAGCAGACUCUCCCAACAUCCUGGAGGAAUGGAUUCAUGUCCUACAGAGUAUCCUUAGAGUGCAAGUGACCAGUCCUGUUGGUGUUCCUCAUAGUGAUGCUAAACCUACUGUGAAAGGCUGGCUUACCAAGGUCAAGCAUGGUCACUCUAAGCUGGUCUGGUGUGCACUGAUUGGAAAAACUUUUUACUACUAUCGAAAUCAUGAGGAUAAGUGUCCCUUAGGACAUCUGCCUUUGCGUGAGUCCAAGGUGGAAGAAGUGGACCGUUCCUGUGACUCUGAUGAAGAUUAUGAAGCCACUGGUGGAGGACUUCUCUCAUCCCACUGCACUUUGGUGAUUCACCCACAAGACCAGAGUCCCACGUACUUACUCAUUCGCACAAAACAUGAGAAGAAUACCUGGCUGUACCAUCUGACAGUAGCAGCUGGUAGCAGUAAUGCCACAGUGGGCACAUCAUAUGAACAACUCAUUGGAAAACUGUUGGACGCAGAGGGAGACCCUAAUUCUCCUCUGUGGAAACAUCCUAUGUUGUGCUACAGUAAGGAUGGGUUGCACACGUCCCUCACCACUCUCCCAUCUGAGGCUCUGCAGACUGAAGCUCUGAAACUUUUCAAGUCCUGUCAGCUGUUCAUCAAUGUCCCCGUGGAAGCAUCCUCUGUUGAUUAUCACGUGUCACUUGCCCAGACAGCACUGCAGGUCUGCUUGACGCAUACUGAGCUGCAGAAUGAAAUCUACUGUCAGCUUGUUAAACAGACAAGUUGCCGACAGCCCCAGAACCACUCAGUCAUUCAGUGCUGGCAACUCCUGGCUUUAUGUGCUCCUCUGUUCCUGCCACAACAUCACUUCCUCUGGUACAUCAAACAGCACUUCCAGCGCCAUGCAGACCCCAGGAGUGAAAUAGGCAAGUAUGCCAUCUACUGCCAGAGAUCAGUGGACCGCACUGUGCAGACUGGCGAGCGGGAAGCCAAGCCCUCACGGAUGGAGAUUGUGUCCAUCCUGCUGAGAAAUCCCUACCACCACUCACUGCCCUUCAGCAUCCCAGUGCACUUUAUGAAUGGAACAUACCAGGUUGUAGGUUUUGAUGGUUCCUCAACAGUUGAUGAAUUCAUCCAGCGGCUGAACCAGGAGACAGGAAUGAGAAAACCAUCCCACAUGGGAUUUUCUCUGUUCACAGAUGAUCCUUCUGGGAGGGAUUUGGAACAUUGUUUGCAGGGCAACAUGAAGAUCUGUGAUGUCAUUUCUAAAUGGGAACAAGCCUUAAAAGAAUUGCACCCUGGGAAAUAUGAAGGUGGCACAAGAAUUGUGAAAUUGACCUAUAAGAACAGGCUGUAUUUUCGGAGCCAAGCCAAGGGUGAGACAGACCGGGAGCGGUUGCUGCUGGCCUUCCAAGUCAGCAAUGAAAUAGCCGGUGGAAGGUUUCCUGUUAAUAAGGAAUUAGCUCUGGAAAUGGUUGCUCUGAUGGCUCAGGUGGAAUAUGGGGAUUUGGAUCGACCGGGAUCUUCAAGCCCUGGGGGAACAUCACAAUCCAAAAUGCAGCAUCUUCUCCACCAGGUCUUAGAUAAAUUCUACCCCAAACGCUACAAGCAAAACAUUGCUCCUGAACAGCUCAGGCAACUGGCUGACAGGCUGGCGACAAAGUGGAUGGUGCUGCAGGGAUGCUCUCCACCAGAAUGUGUCCGAAUUUAUUUAACGGUGGCCCGCAAAUGGCCUCUCUUUGGAACCAAAAUGUUUGCUGCUAAGCCUAUUUUGCCUUCCUCAUUGGAAGACUGUCCAGUCUGGAUAGCUGUGAAUGAAGAUGGUAUCAGCAUACUGGAUUAUAACACUAUGCACUUGAAGCUCUCUUAUUCAUACUCUUCCGUGCUGACCUUUGGAGGCUGUCGAGAUGACUUCAUGAUUGUAGUCAGUCAAAUAAAAGAAAAGAGUUCUGGAAAAAACAGCACAGAAAAACUCCUUUUUGCAAUGCCAAUUCCAAAGAUUGUUGAAGCAACACUUCUUAUUGCCAGCUAUAUUAACUACCGUUCAACAGCUUCACUUCUACCCUCUACACAACCCUCCCGAAAUGCAACACCUGCUAACAAGCUCUGGGAGACUGAAAGUCGGUGCUUUUUUCCUUCCAAGCCUCGAAGCACUAAGGGGCCCACCCUGCUCUGACAGCUCAUUCCAAAUUACUUUGGAGAUUUUUUUGUCUGUGGAUUUUUUUUUUAAUUAUUAUUUUUAUUUUUUUUUUACACUACUGUGUACUGACUUGCAGACUGCUAUGAUUUUGCCAGUUGUACACCUUGUUUUAAUGCAAAUUCUGAUUCUUUUUCCUUAAUAACAGACAAAGUUCCAUAGUGUGGGUAGAGGCAGUGUCCUUUCUCCUCAAAUGUGUUGAUCUUGGGGAUUGUGCAGGAAUUUCUUUUCCAUGCCACACUCCAUCCAAGAUCCCACGCCUCAGGUCCUUUCCUUGCACAGUGUUCCAGUCGCGCUGCAUCUCCUGCUCUUCCCUUGCACCCAUUCUUCUUCCAUCUCCUGCUGUUACAGCUUUGCUCACAAGUACGUACAGUUUGCAUUGCUCCCUCCCAUUUUCAGCUUUGCUUUUAGAUUGCUGCACCACACCUUAUGCUUGGAACCUCAGUCCAGCUCUUAAACUCUUAGUGACCUCUUUUCCUCAUCACAGCCCCUUUCACUUAUUCCCAUUCUUUCCAAUAAUCUUCUGCUUGCAUCAGUCACUAACUUGUUCACUCUUUACCUGCAUUAGACUGCAACCUCCACAAGGCAGAUGUGAGUGGUGUAGGCUUGAAUAUGACUGCAGUGGGCCGAGCAUACAGUCCUAUUAAAAUUAAAAAUAGGUGGUUCGGGAUACUGUGGCAUGAACACUGUACAAGGAUGCAUCCUGCUGAUUACUACCUGUAUAAGGAGCUGCCUAUCAAUUCCUCAUAAACUAGACACACACUGAAAAAUCUAUUACCAGAGUAUAAAGAUUAGUAAGACAUAGAUGGCCAAGUACUUUAGACAUAACCAUGUCUAUGCUCUGGUUAUGAAUAGCUAUCGUAUUAUAGUUUUGACUGGUGUUUAAAUUCACUCCUGCCUGCCACUCAGAACAACUAUUAAGAUAACUACUGUCAUAUCGGGAAAACAAAACAAAACAAAAAAAAAACUCUCUGUAUUUAAACAACUGCUUAACAUAACCAAGACAAUUUAUUUUUUCCUAAAGCUACAUUGACUCCUCCCUGAAACUGAUGCCAAAAUUCAAAGACAGAAACUUUCCAAGUCCUUGCCCCAGACAUGAAAGAAAGGAAGAAGCUGUUGAGAGGGAUUAGGAACUAAACUGACAAAAAGACUUCUGAUGCAUGUCAAGGGUGAUUUUAAGACCUGAAAUAGGGAGUACAGAGUAAGAGUUCAGUGGUACAUAAGAAUCUUUUCAACCUUAAUUUUAUGAAGGUGAAAAGCUGACAUCUUUGCAUGUUGAAGUCUCAGAACAAUUGGGACUGGAACAGUGUCAGACGACGCCCUAGCUCCUGCAGAAUGGAUGUGUUUCGACAGCUGACGCUGUUCUAUGCGUCAGAUCUCUGCUACAGGGCUGAAUGUGUCACGUGCUCCUCUAACAUGCACGUCCAGACUCUUUCCCUUAAUCACCGUUACAGAUGCUUUGGGAUGUGUUUGAAACUGCACAUGAUCUCAGACAAAGGAAGACAAGGCAAGCAAACCUUGCCAUUUUAUCUGGCUUUCAGCAACUGGAACAGACCUCCUCAAACCCCCUCUGCCCUUCUUACUUCACAUAAGCUGUUCCUUUAAAACUCCUGCUUCCUUCACGCUACCAGGUCAAGGAGGAGGUAGAUAGCAAAUAGACACUCAAAUACUGUUCUUCAAAUUUUCCAAAGGAGUGUUUUUUGAUCUGUUUCAAAAGGACUUUGUGCUGAUUGGAAGCCUAAUGGAUUUUAAACAAAUGAAAAAAAAACAGCCAUGCCUCUUGAGAACUCGAAAUCUGGCUUGAGUUUGACUAUUUUGAUAAGUCUUCUACAAAGCUAAGGAAGAAGACCUGCCCUUUCAAAAGUACCAUGUGCAACUUCAUAAUAAUUAUGCAUUCAUGGGCAACUUUCCCAAAUUAAAACAGUGUGAAUCCAACCAUUAUAAAGAAUUCAGCAAUAGCAAACCAAAGCUAGUCAGGAAUGAACAAACCAACCAUACCAGUGUUUUUUAACUUCCUAGUACAUGCCACCAACUCUCAAAUAUCCAACUAAUGCACGCAGUGGUGCUGAUACUGCAAGUUUUUGUUUCAAGCUUAUGGUGGGUACAAAGCCACAAAUUAGAAGAACAUGGAGCAGACAAAACCAUUCUAAACAAUCUCUUAUCAGCAUAUUAAAAAAAAAAAAAAAGGUGGUUUUUGAAAACAAAGACUUGAAACAGAAGAUUAUGUAUACAGAGACCUAUUUGCACAUACUGUAAUGGACCCACUUGUCAUGAAUUUAAGGACCAUCCCUUGAAUUUACUGAAAAGGGUAGAAGCUUUCUGAGCCAAAAAUAAUGUUACAAAGGUAUUGUCUUAGUCUUUUUUUUUUCUCCUUAGAUACUUCUAAGUGAUGAUAAAUACUCAUAGAGCAGUCAGUAGUUUAUAUUCUCAUUUUCUCUCUAUCUUAGUAUAGAUACACAAGUUUGAAUAAAAAGAGUGUUCUUUCUCCUUACAUAGUCACAUACAAUAAAUAAUUCCUCCGGUAUAUGGAGGUCUGUUUGGCAGCCUGCUUCUUAUGUCCUGCCAGUAACAGAGCUGCCUCAGAAUGAGCUGAGCUCAACUCAUUGUCAUCUGUUCUGAGGAUGCUCAAGGCAUGAAAGCCUCCAGUUCACUGUUCAGAGGCUGUAUUUACCUUGCACUGCUAACAUUCACAGCCUCACAGACUUGUGUCAGGGCAAACAGGGAGCAGAGAUGCUGAAUAAGCAAGAGCUGUCAUGAAAUGCAUUAUUUUCUGCCAUAAUUGCACUUUAAAUUUACAACCAUGGCAUAUGGAACUUUUUGUCUUCCUUUCUUACAAACAUUCAUUAAUACUUGAGUAUUUUCAGGGACCACCCCACUCCAAUGGAUGCACAUAUACCUCCUAUUUAUAGCUUACCUGACUUUAAAACAAAGAAACAACAACAAAAAACUGUGUAGGUAUCUAUUUUGUAUGAUUCUUUGAAAGAGAAAAUGGUUUUUAUUUUCAUCAAUGCUUUUGGCAACAAUUAUUGCUACAGCAUGGAGUGAGAGGACAGAAGCCUUUGUUUUCCUAACUGCUGUGUGUGCAUAAAAGACUGUCUUGGAGAUACUGUGAGAUUCCUGUUCUUAAUAAAAUGCAAUUAUCAUGAA